AUGGCGACCGACCAGUUUUAUUGGUUUUAUGUUGUGGCGAAUUGGGUUAGGCGGACUAAUGAGGGUCUAAUUCUGUCAUGGGGUUGGAGACGGGUUCCUAGCUUGGCGUCUGAAUUGGAGCAGUUGUCUAAAUGCAAUGCCUUAGUUCAGAGGGAUUGCGUCUUCUCGAGCACAGUGGACGAGUGGCGAUGGGAGGCUGAAGCGAAUGGGGUAUUCUCAGUCAAUUCAGUUCGUAAGUUACUAGCCUCUAAACGACAAUCAGACGCCGGCUUCAAGUUUCUUUGGAACUCUUGGGUUCCGCUUAAAGUUAACGUCUUUGGGUGGAAGGCCAGCCUUGACCGCAUUCCUACAAAAGAGGCUCUAAGCAAAUGCAUUAUCAUCAACCCGCUAUCUUGCAGUUUUUGUAAUGAAGCCGUAGAAGAUACUGUUUAG